CUGAACAGCACACCAUCCUAUUAAGAAAAUCGACGCCCCUUUCAGUUAGUCAACUCUCCGAGUAACAGCCAGUCAAAUUUUGACCGAUAAAAAGUGGUAAAUAUAUUUUAAAAAAAAAAAAACAAUUAUACACCUUCAAGGUUGUUGUUUUUUGUUGUUGCAACGCGUGGUCAAGAAAGCAAACCGUUAUGGACCCCAGUGCCCCUCCCAAGGAAUGGCCGACAGAGAAGUCUUCCAUGGGCCAGGCGCCCCUUCCGCCCUACCAGGACAACCCGUACCCAGGAAACCCUCAGCCUGGGCCGGGUUACCCUCUACCUACGCAGGGAUACUCUCAGCCUGGAUAUGGUUAUCCUCCUCAGUCGCAGGAUGCUCCCUAUCCACCACCAUAUGGCAGUGCUGUGUAUGGACAGCAGCAGUACACGCCAGGUCAGCAGUAUCCACCCCAGCCGGGCACGGUCACUGUCCAGCCCACGGUGUUUGUGACCCGAGGCCCGUUGGCUAACCCCGUCAACGACUACCGGUGCUAUUCCAUUUUCACCAUGUUGUGCUGCUGCCUUCCCCUUGGAAUUGCUGCCCUUAUCUACUCUAUUAAUGCCCGAGAAGCCAACCACAGUGGAGACCAACUGGCGGCCGAGCGGAACAGCCGAACUGCCAGAACCCUGAACCACGUGGGCUUGGGACUCGGCAUCUGCGGCAUCGUCCUCAUGGUUGUCUACAUGGUGGUCAUGAUGUCUCUGAUGCAUUAAUCAUACCUGUCAAUUAUCUUACUCCCUAUUCUCUCUGUCACGUUCGAGUCACCAGUUCAAACAAGCAAGCUGGAACCUGCUCCUUAAAACUAACCCACCAGACAGAGGCGAAAAUUAACUCAAUAGAAUAGACAUGCUUUCAUUAAUGGCCUAUAAGAAUACAAGGAAAAAAAGCCAAGGUGUGUAAGUACACCACACACUAUACAGUAAGAACAAUAUCAGAACAUUGUCGUGUGAGGCAUUUAUCACUUAAAAAUAAUAUUUGAAGAAUUUGUGUUAAUCAUAACAAAGUAAAAGAACAUCUUGAUUUUUUUUUUGCUAUUCUUUCCCCCAAGUUUCACAGUUUAGUGAACUUUCUGCUUGCACACAAUUCACUUUUAUAAAAAUUUUAAUAAGGAAGAUUAUUAAAGGGAUUCUAGGCAUUACUCUCGCCACUGCAGCCUUUCCAAAGAUUCAUAUUUUAUUAUUGUUUGUUUCAAUGUUAGUGACUUGUAUUAUCUUUCGGCGUUAAGUGUUUUGCCUUAAAAAAAAAAAAGAAUACUGUAGACGUUGAAAUGUUAUAUACCCCACAGUAGUACCUCAACUUAUGAGGUACUUGGUUCUUUGACGGAGCUUUUAACUCAAAACUUUUGUAUCUUCCUUUCUUUUUUUUUUAAUUAACGUCUCAUUGAAAUCAAUUUAGAUGGUGUUUGACUCUCCUCAAAAAGCUAUGCAAUUCUAACAUGUAACAUGCCCUUUAAAAAGACAAACUUUUAGAUAAGAAAUAAUAACAACAAUAACAGUUAGCCAAAAUCUCAAAACACUAAAGUUGAGGUACCACAGUACUGAGAUUUACAUUUACUGUUGCUUCCUUCCACUUUGCCAUUAAAAUGUGAUUCAUUGCAGUGUUUGCCAAUCUUUCGAAGACUAGACACAAUCAUUUGACACUUUGAAAAAAUAAAAUAUUUUGACUAUCCGGUAAAAUAGAUUUUAUGUCCAUUUUGUGUUUAUCUGCAUAUUGUUUAGUAAACCAACAUUUGCAUAAAGCAAACAAAUUAUCUAGUCCCAUGUUGAUAGAAAACAAUCUAAGGUACACUCAUUAAAGAUUUAACAAAAUUCUCAUUUGUGAUUAGUUGCGAUUAAUUAUGAGUUAACCAUUGACAAAAUGCUCUUAAUUGUGAAUACAUUUUUCAUUGUUUGACAGCCCAUUGUAAAGGAAUCAUAAUUAUCAGACUAAUUAAGAAAAGGUGAUCAUUAUUUAACCUCUGUGCCAAAACACACUCAUAUAUUAUGACGAAAAUGUACACUAACCCUUUAAAAUGUAUGCCAUGUAGAAAAAACAUAAACUAACCAAAGAGUUGACAGGAGGAGAGAUGUGUUGGACAUCUCAGUGUAUCUCAAGUUUUGCUUCCUCCAAUCAUUUGCAAAUGUACGUAAGCAAAUGUAUUUUUGUUGUAGUCAAAAUAGUAACGUAAAGUGAGCAAAUUUGCUCUUUUGUUUCUGCGGAAUAUCUUAUGCUAUCUUUCAUCCACUGCUGAAAAUGCAUGCAUGCCUUUUUCUGUGUUUACAACUUUCUUUAUAAAUAAAGUUUGAAAAGAACAAGACCCACUUUGCUCUGUGUGGCGAUUGCACGCUUGUGUAAAGUCUGUUUGUUCUAGUUAUUAGAACAAGAGGGAGUUUGUUUGAUGUAUUCAUCUGUGUUGACUUAAUGUCUCUCAUAGUGGCCUUGUAGU